AUGAUUGCAUCUCAUUUUGAAGCAGGUGAAUAUGCUUUCGAUCCACUGACAAUGUUACCCAUUCCUCUGCCUCCGCUUUCUUUCACUUCUUCCAUCGAUCAAUGGUAUUCUGCCUUUCUGAGAGACGUUGACAGCAUUCUAUACAGCUCUAAUCAGCACCAUUGUGGUAAAGGGUGUCAGCGUAUAUAUAACAGCAUGAAACAAUGUCAGGCCCACUUUCCUCGUGAAAUUAUUCCUGAGACUAUCGUUGAUUUGAACAAUGGUGCGUUGCGUUUCAAAAAAUUGGAACCUUUCCUUAACACUUUCAAUCCUGUGCUGACAUAUUGUUUUCGUUGCAACACUGAUGUUACGUGUAUGUUGUCAGGGACACAUGCUCGUGCUGUGGUGGCUUAUAUUUCAGACUACAUUACAAAAACACCGUUAUCUGCACAUGCAGUUUUUGAGGCAGUUCUCAAUGUGCUUGGUCAUUUAGUGACAUGUUCUCUGAGCAUCAAUCUGAUGCUCACAAGGCUCAAACAAUUCUGA